CCUGAAGCUGCUGCAGGAAGCUGGGAAUAGAAGCAAAAGGAAUACACUUUUUAAAACACAGCUUGUGGACUUGAAUUUUCAAGCUACCCUCGGAAAGGAAGUUGUCUGCAGAAAUAACCGGGAUUCAUGCUAAACUGUAUGACAACGAUUUGCAAUGAAACAUCUGCUUAAGAUUCAGUAGAUUUUCCAGUGCAGGUCGAGAUCUUACUGACGAGAUUAGUCCUGGUUUCACCAUGAUCACUGUGGUUCUGCUCAUCUGGACUGUGCCCUGUGUAGCUAAUCAACUUCUCAGUGGCCUUGUUAAAGGAGAAUUUCCAAAAGGUUCCCACCAACUCAUAUGCAGCAUGCCAGGGCCACAGGGCCCUCCUGGCCCUCCAGGAGCACCAGGGACUCCAGGAACAAUUGGGCGAAUGGGGUUUCCAGGGAAGGAUGGAAAAGAUGGCAAAGACGGGGAGAAAGGAGAGCAUGGAGAGGAAGGUCCCCAAGGCCAAACUGGAAACCCAGGCAAACCAGGACCAAAGGGGAAAGCAGGCGCCAUCGGCAAAGCAGGUCCACGAGGUCCAAAGGGUAUUAAAGGAAAUCAUGGGAAAAAUGGAGUGCAAGGGAAAAAAGGACCCAAAGGGAAAAAGGGCGAUACCGGAAUGCCAGGACCAUGCAGCUGUGACACCAAAAAAGCCAAAUCUGCCUUUUCAGUCGCAGUCACCAAAAGCUACCCAAGAGAGAGGCUGCCCAUCAAAUUUGACAAGAUCCUUAUGAAUGAAGGAGGGCACUACAAUGCUUCCAGUGGGAAAUUUAUAUGCAGCAUUCCUGGUAUUUACUACUUCACUUAUGACAUCACUUUGGCCAAUAAACACUUGGCCAUUGGGUUGGUCCACAAUGGGCAAUACAGAAUAAAGACUUUUGAUGCCAACACUGGUAACCAUGAUGUGGCCUCUGGAUCAACCAUUAUUUCCCUGAAGCAGGACGAUGAGGUGUGGUUGCAGAUCUUUUACUCGGAACAAAAUGGGCUCUUUUAUGAUCCCUACUGGACAGACAGUUUAUUUACUGGCUUUCUUAUAUAUGCUGACCAGGAUUAUCUCAAUGAAAUAUAGGAGGAGACUGUCAAAAUAUAGGAAGCGAGUUUGGGAGCUUAUACAAGCAAAGUAGAGCUUGUACUGGGUAUGUGUGAAAUAAUCAUAGGACUCUGUUGGCUAGUUGGAAGUCUCCCAUACCAUUAAAGCAUUGUAUUUGAAUGUCAUUUUAAGUUUUAGCAUAAGCUUUCCUAUAACCUUU